AUGGCCGACACCGAGCCAGGUCUGCUGGCGCAGAUUGCGGGUCGUGUUGCUUACGAUUUUACCCUUUUACAGCCCAUGAUCCCACUCUAUGUCCACUUGCUUCUAUCAGCAUUGUUCCCCAUCUAUGCCGGAGCUCAUGCUUCCCUUACGAGACCCUCAUCAGCUGCGAAAUCGAAGAAGCGCAGCGGUGCGCGCGUCGACGAGGAGGACGUAUCCAGUGAAGAUGAAGAUGAAGAAGACGAUACACGCAUGAUGGAAGGUCUAUCGCCUAGCGAUGCGAUCGUGUUCCCUCUCCUCGCUGGAACCACCUUGGCCGGCCUGUACUAUCUGAUAAAAUGGUUGGAGGAUCCCGCGCUGUUGAACAAGAUCUUGAAUUGGUACUUUGCUUUCUUCGGCGCAUUCUCCGUGGCACGCCUCAUCAACGAUCUCCUGGACAUCGGCCACUCGCUCAUUUUCCCCCGUCGCUAUGCCCUCGACGGGACGCUAUAUCAUGUUCAUGGGAAAGCGAAGAAGGCUGUACCCGUGGCGGGCAGCAUCAAGGACAAGGGCGUCAUUGAUUCCCCUCUUCCGGGCUUCCUAGCACGGAUCCCGCUUCCUAGUGGCAUUCGAGAGCUCUUGUGGUCGGACCGUGCCAUGCCAGGAAACAAAUGGACUGUCCGUGUUUACCUCCACCGCGUGUUUGCCGGUAAGGUGCGGAUUGGGCCUCAUGCAAUCGUCAGCUCUCUCCUGUCGGUGGCUGCUGUUGCGUACUUCAACUUCGUGGACAAGCCUUGGUAUCUGACGAACCUGAUGGGAUUUGGGUUUGCGUACGGAGCACUGCAGCUCAUGUCGCCCACAACCUUCGCGACAGGCAGUCUGAUACUGAGCGCUCUGUUCUUCUACGACAUCUACUUUGUCUUUUUCACACCCAUGAUGGUUUCGGUUGCCACGUCGUUGGAUGUGCCUAUCAAGCUCAUGUUCCCUCGUCCUAGCCCGGCAGAUGCUAUUUCUAAGAAACCAUCACAUGCCAUGCUGGGCCUUGGCGACAUCGUCCUGCCCGGUAUUAUGAUGGGCCUUGCACUACGCUUCGAUCUAUACCUUUUCUACCUGCGACAGCAAAGGCGGAUACCUGCAACAGAAGAAGGAGGCAAGGAGAUAGUAGAGAAGCCCACCUACUUCUCCCUAGCGGGUCGUUGGAGUGACCAUUUUUGGACCCAUUCCCUGUCCGGCCGGCCUCUUUUCACGACAUCGUCUAGUAAACCCGAGGCGCCGUUCACCUUCCCGAAAACCUACUUUACGGCCAGUGUUGUAGGAUACAUUGCGGGAAUGAUGGCUACACUUUACGUUAUGCACGUUUGGCAACAUGCUCAACCGGCCCUGCUCUAUCUUGUACCUGGCGUGCUGGGUAGCUUGUGGCUGACUGCUCUGAUCCGAGGUGAGGUUAGUCUGAUGUGGAACUACAGCGAGGUCGUUGAGGAGGAGGGAGAGGCCGACCAUAAGACCACCGAUAAGGAAGGAGGCGCAUCGGCCACAACGUCAGAACGUUCCAGCUUCUUCUCACUCUCGGACAAGAAGGCGAAGGAGCGGGAAGCGCGCUUCAAGAACGCACUAGGCAAGCACGUCAGACUGGACGACGAGUCUGGAGAUGAGGGCGACCUUGCCAAGGAUCAGAGCAGCGAUCGGACUGAUAGGGUCAAACAGGUGGCUGGACACAAAUCUGAUAGGGAAGUGUUCUCGUUUUCGAUCGAGGCCCCUUGGAAACUGAAACAUCCGCGUUUUAUUCGGCGGCAGGAAAAGCAUACCGACGGCAGCAGCGCCGAACGUUCGCCGCUCGAGAAGGGCAAACCCCAUUGGGCGCCCCCGACUGCCGGUUUGAAGGCAGAAGAGCCUGCCGGGAAGAGGAUUCGGCUGAACUAG